AUCACUACCUACCUCAGAGGCAAAAGGCCCUUCCGCUAAUAAUUGACUGAUUGCAUACUGACACCACAGAUUCCAACCAUGCCAACAGUAUCAUCAUGCCGGGUCGGCCCAGAUGUCAAUCGGCCACGGCAGCCAUGUAACCUUCCUGCGCGGGUCGAUUUCCAAGCUUCCGGCCGGCCGAGUGGGAACGCGCAUCUUGUUUUGUUUCUCUGGAAAAGAAUCUUAGAAAGACCCCUGGAUUCCUGCAUCGCAGGUCCCGAGUUCUUGGACGCUCGCCGACCGGUACGAAUCGACGCUACAUUACGAAGGUACGUCUAUCAACGCUGGACGUCAAACGUAUAAUGCAGCCCCCGUGGGCAUGUUCCUCGUGUUUGCAAUACGACGUUGCACUACCUAGAUUCAGACCACCGCCUCGGGCCAUGUGGAAAGGGGACGAUGGAAUGAGGGGCAACUGCAGAGGACGGAAUGUGAAGACAGCGUGGAACCACUCACUAGUGAGGUGUAUGACGUUGGAACCAACGCGAUUGAGCCGACGGCCCGCAUGGAUCUCUUGGCUCGUUCCGCCUGGUCGCUUUAGGACGUCAUUUAGCUUCGGGCGAGAAGGGGAAACACGGGAAUCUACAACCCAACCCUGCCGCGUGCCGAUCUCUCAUAUAGACGCCAUCCUGUCAUUGAUGCACACUGCAAUAUUGGUCUCACCGCCGCUGCCAACACGAGUCUGGGGAGGGGUUGAGAUCCUGCUGAAUGCGGGCGGGGCACCACGGCUGCUAGUCUCACUACCGGGUCAUCGUGGACGCCAAAAGGGCCGGAGUUGCAUGCUUUCCUCCAAGUUUACGAGAAGCAUCGUGGAACUCCGAUAAACCAGUCUAGCCUCGGCAAACGCUAUCACGAUUAUUAUUUCUUUCUCUCUUUGGACUGGGUCAA